CAGAUCGCGUCAAAGGCGUCCAGAGAACAACAAAUAUUGAAAAUAGCGUAUUCAAGUUUCCGUCAAAAAUGUCCAUGAUUCCAUUCUUUCCCACGCUCAAAGUCUCCGUGGCCAAUCGGUACUGGUUGGACAUGGCUCCUGCCUCCGUAAACGAAGAAUCGCAGACGCGGCGUUACGAGGAUGAAAGGAGCAACUGGCGAGAGUCCCUUAAAACUGCCGGCACAGAUCUGCAGCCUCUUGGCAAGAUGCUCACCAUACCCGGAAUUGAGACCGACGACGAGGAUGCUAACGACGACAGCGAGGACACGGACAGUCACGAUGAGGAGGAUGACGAGACGAACGACCGCGUCAUUCCGGUCACCCAGGACUUUUACUCUGCCGACGACAUCCAGAUGAACGACGAGACCUCGCCCACUGCUCCCUGAAUGACCUUCAGCUUUGGAAUUGGGACUGCCCUAAUUGCCGCUUAAAAUGGUGCCCGUCUGGUAGAUACACAAUUAUUUAUUUUCGCGUUUUGUUCCCUUUACAAACUGUAAUAACAAGUGUCGGAUACUUUAGGCUUAAAUAAAUUAUAACAUAGUAAGCA